UUAUUACCAUCCAUUAUUAGAAAAGAUGCUGAAUUUAGUUGCCAAGAAGAGAUUUACAAGCUUGUUCCCAACUGGAGUGAGGAGUUUUAGCUCCACCCAAAAUGAGGUCCAGUUGUUCGGCCAUAAGGUUGCCAGUCUUAAUGAGAACUCGGAUAAGCACAUCAUUUUCCUACACGCACUCCUGUGCCAAUCAAGGCACUGGAGAUCCUUCGCACUUAAUGAUGUGUUCAGCAGGAGAGCUCAUUGCCACCUAGUUGACCUCAGGAAUCAUGGAGAAUCUGACCAGAAUAGCGACAUGUCCUACUCAGCCAUGGCUGAGGAUGUUCUCAGGUAUGCUGAUAGAGCAGAAAUCGAUACUUUUGAUGUUCUUGGCCAUGCCAUGGGAGGCAAAUUGGGCAUGAUCAUGGCCAACUUGUACCCAAAUCGUGUCAAUAGCAUUAUAUCUCUCGAUGCUCUUCCUUUUGACCAUAAUAAGACCGAUAGUAACAUUCUGAAGAGCAACAUCAAGGUUCUAGACCAGCUUCUUUCCCUAGAUAUCGAAGGUAAAACUAGGAAAUCAGUGAUUGACAUGUUGAAUAAUGAAUUCUCUGACAAAGGAGUAGCUACUCUUGUGUCUAUGAAUAUUAUUUAUGAUGGAGAACAAAGUAACACAGUCAAAUGGUGCACAAAUAUCAAAGCUAUUAGAAAUAAUAUCGAGAAAAUAAUUGGAUAUGAAGAUCAUGGGCUAUCAGAUAAGCCAUUCUUGGGCAUCUACGGUGAUGCUAGCAAGAUGCUAAUCAACAAGAUAGCCACAAACCCAGACUCCAAAAUUACAAAGGAUCAUUUCGGUUAUUCUUCAAAAGAAAUGAUUGUUGAGAUAGAGAACGGUGGCCACUGGCUCCACUUAGAAAGACAGACUGAGGUCACGAAGCAUAUCGGAUUAUUCUACUCAGAGAUUGAUAACCAGGAGUAG